CUCUAGUGCACACUGUCACUAGAUACCGUCUUCCAUGAAGCAAAGAAGCACAGGGCAGGACAUUAACAGAAGAAGGUCAUUUCUCAUAAAAUCAGUGUCUGUAACUGAAAAUGGCUUCUACUCCACAGAUUCUGAUUACAACCCUGGUUCUGUUUGCUUCAGCUUGUCCGUGCAUUUCAGGUUACUUUAAUGUUCGGAUUGUGAAUGGAACAAACAGCUGCUCUGGGAGAGUGGAGGCUUAUUAUAACAACACAUGGACGUCUGUUUCAUUUGACGGAUGGGAUAUAAAUGAUGCUAAGGUAGUCUGUCAAUCACAAGGAUGUGGGAUGGCACUAGUAGCUGUGACUGACUCUAGGUUUGGUGCACCACCUAAUUCUACCUGGCUUGGAAAUAUUCAAUGUACUGGAACCGAAACUUCCCUGUCUUACUGCUAUAUUAAUAACUCAGCCUCAAACAAUACCAUUUCCUCAGCUGUGGUAGGAGUAAUUUGUUUUGCAGGAAACCUAAAUGUAAGACUGGUAAAUGGCACAGACCGUUGCAAUGGUAAACUUGAAGUAAGCUACGGUACUGAAAGGGGAGGAGUUUGCAACAAUUACUGGAAUAUAAACCAUGCAGCUGCUGUAUGCAGGGAGCUGAAGUGUGGAUUUGCUCUCUCUGUACAAGGAAAUUACUCUCUAGUAGAAGAAUCUGUAAACAAACUGCUUAUUGGUGUACAGUGUUAUGGAUGGGAAUCUUCACUCUCUCAAUGUACGAUUACUCCCUGGUUGCAACCUUCAUGCAACAAUUCCCAAGUCGCCACUGUGACAUGCUCAGCAAACAGUUCUUUACCAAUACGUCUAGUGAAUGGACCUAAUAAAUGUGCCGGUCGAGUUGAGGUUUAUUACAACUCACAGUGGGGUACAGUUUGUGAUGACUCCUGGGAUGGUAAUGAUGCCUCCGUAGUCUGCAGACAACUUGACUGUGGUCAGGCUGUGUCUGCCCCAGGCAAUGCCCAGUUUGGCUUUGGCACAGGUCCUAUUACUCUUGAUGAUGUCACAUGCACAGGGAAUGAAGAUCAUCUCUCAGACUGUUCAUCUAGUCCAAUACUGCAACAUAACUGUGCUCACAAUGAAGAUGCUGGUGUCAUUUGUGAAAGAGGUUACUUUAAUUUCCGGAUUGUGAAUGGAACACACAGCUGCUCUGGGAGAGUUGAGGCUUACUAUAACAAUACAUGGACAUCUGUUUCAUUUGACGGAUGGGAUCUCUAUGAUGCUACAGUUGUAUGCCGAUCACAAGGAUGUGGGUUUGCAUUAGCAGCUCUGACUGACUCCAGGUUUGGUGCACCACCUAAUUCGACCUGGUUUGGAAAUGUUCAGUGUAAAGGAACUGAGACUUCCCUGUUUUACUGCUAUAUUAAUACCUCAUCAUCAAACAAUACCAUUUCAUCAGCUGUGGCUGGAGUUGUUUGUUCUGCAGAUAAUCUAGCUGUAAGACUGGUAAAUGGAACAAAUAAUUGCAAUGGGCAGCUUGAAAUUGGCUAUGACAUCGGAGUUUGCAAUAAUAACUGGAAUAUAAACUAUGCAUCUGUCAUAUGCAGGGAGCUGAAAUGUGGAUUUGCUAUUUCUAUACAAGGAAAUUACAUUAUAGGAGAAGAAUCAUCAAACAAGGUCCUCAUUGAUAUGCAGUGUUCUGGAUAUGAAUCGUCUCUUUCACAAUGUAUAAUUGCUUCCGGGUUGCCAUCUUCAUGUAAUAAUUCCCAAGUUGCUAAUAUAACAUGCUCAGGAAAGAGCUCUUUACCAGUACGUCUUGUGAAUGGACCCAAUGUAUGUUCGGGUCGAGUUGAGAUUUACUACAACUCAAAGUGGGGUACUGUUUGUGAUGAUUCUUGGGAUAUAAAUGAUGCAACAGUGGUAUGUAGACAAGUUGGUUGUGGUCAAGCUCUCUCUGCCUCAUGUUGUGCCCAAUUUGGCUGGGGCUCAGGCCCUAUUACUCUGGAUGAUGUAAACUGUAUAGGGAAUGAAUCUCAUCUCUCAGACUGUUCCGCCAGUCCAGUACUGCAACAUAACUGCAAUCACUAUGAAGAUGCUGGUGUCAUUUGUGAAGGAGGUUACUUUAAUAUCCGGAUUGCAAAGGGAGUACACAGGUGCUCUGGGAGAGUUGAAGCUUAUUAUAACAAUACAUGGAGUUCUGUCUCAUUUGACGGAUGGGAUAUAAACGAUGCUAAGGUGGUUUGCCAAUCACAAGGAUGUGGACUUGCAAUAGCAGCAGUAUCUGACUCCAGGCUUGGUGUAGCAACUAAUUCGACCUGGCUUGGAAAUGUUCAAUGUACUGGAACCGAGACUUCCCUGUCUUACUGUUAUAUUAAUAACUCAACAUCAAAUAAUACCAUUUCCUCAGCUGUGGCUGGAGUAAUUUGUUCUGGUGGUUACUUCAAUGUCCGGAUUGUGAAUGGAACAAGCAGCUGCUCUGGCAGAGUUGAGGCUUAUUAUAACAACACAUGGAUGCCUGUUUCAUUUGAUGGAUGGGAUAUAAAUGAUGCUAAGGUGAUCUGCCAGUCACAAGGAUGUGGGAAGGCACUAGCAGCUGUGACUGACUCCAGGUUUGGUGCACCACCUAAUUCAACCUGGCUUGGAAAUGUUCAGUGUAACGGAACUGAGUCUUCCCUGUCUUACUGCUAUAUCGACACUUCAUCUUCAAAAUCCAGCAUUUCCUCAGCUGUGGUUGGAGUUAUUUGCUCUGCAGGUUACUUCAGUGUCCGGAUUGUGAAUGGAACAAGCAGCUGCUCUGGGAGAGUUGAGGCUUAUUAUAACAACACAUGGAUGCCUGUUUCAUUUGAUGGAUGGGAUAUAAAUGAUGCUAAGGUGGUCUGCCAGUCACAAGGAUGUGGGAUGGCACUAGCAGCUGUGACUGACUCCAGGUUUGGUGCACCACCUAAUUCAACCUGGCUUGGAAAUGUUCAGUGUAACGGAACUGAGUCUUCCCUGUCUUACUGCUAUAUCGACACUUCAUCUUCAAAAUCCAGCAUUUCCUCAGCUGUGGUUGGAGUUAUUUGCUCUGCAGAUAUCCAUAAGUCUACAGUAAUCUUAAAAGCAGAAGUCAGUGCAAGCUAUAAUGCACCUUUGGAUGUGCUGGAUGAUGCAUUGAAUCAAACAAUCACUGAGAUGUUUUUGAAGAUACCUGGCUAUGAGGACAUAAAAAUCAAAGUGAUCAGAAGAAUAGUACCUGGAAACUAAAGUUUCUUGGAAAGUGCACCUGUUGGAAAUGGCAGCUUUUUAAUAAUUCACUCUAGUUAAUAUAUCACAAUAUACAUGUUUUCUCUAAUUUUCUUAUUCUGUGUUAUUUGGAUAUAAUAGGUUUUAAAUAUUCAUGCAGCGGGCACGGAUUGUUAGGAAAUUUCAAAUUCUACUACCUGAUUUAUUUCUGGUAUUUAUUUACAUUUUAUAGAAACAAGGCUAUUUUAUAUUGGACUAAUUAUUUUUGAUGACAUGUAUAACCAGUUAAUUUACUUUUUUGUUUGUUUCUGUACAUGAAAUAAAACAUACUGCAUAAAAGUUAUAUAUGAUACAAUGCUAAAAGAAGGGUGUUUUAUUUUUCAGCAGUUUAAAUGUUUUGGGGACCAUUAAUUAAUUUAAAUUAUACUUUUGAUUCCUGCUUUGUGAUUUAUCCACCUACUCUCUUUCUUUUAAAUCUGUAGUCACUGGAGAUGAGAGGUAAUGAUUAUUUGAUGAUUUAUUCAUACUCAACCCACAGUGCUAAAAAAGCAAUGAUUUCCAUUAAUGCAUAAGAUGCCAUAUGCAUGCCAUGGCUAUACAUGAAUAAACCCUUCACAGCCUGAAGAAACAUUGGCCAUGUGACAUUUAGCUGUUGUCCCUUCAUCUACUUACCCAGAUGUUCUGAAAAGAACAGAGUUUCCUAAUGCUACUUCUUCCUCUACUCCUCCUCCUACCCACUAACCUUGGCCCCAGGCUGGCUAGUUGAACCUGCAUCACCUGAACCUGAUUGGAAUUUUCCCUCUGUGCUAUCAAUGACCACUCACUUUUAAUCAAAAACAUGUUUGGUUUAAUAAAUAUCAUGUCUCUGCAUGCAAUAUUACUAAAAAAGUAAAAUAUAAAUUUGCACAUGCCGACAUUUAUAUUAUAAAUGUGUUAUAUAAAUCAUAAUGUGCAGCAUAAUUAUAAAAAUAUUUUUGAAAUUUAAAAUAACUACCUGCAGUGCAUCUAAAGUAAGUGCAAUAAAAUAACUAAAUUGACUGAUUUUUUAUUAUUCUGUGUUGUACAAAAAGAGUCACUUGUUCAGUGUGCUUUAGAAAUUAUAUCUGUAACUCAGGAGCAUAUGUUAUUCCAUUUGAUCAAAAUACUUCUGAAAACUGUUUCACAUUGUAUCUGCAUUUUAUAACAUUCUUCAAAAUUUUUGUUGGGAAAAUGAAAAUUAAGUAUCUCAUUACUGCUAGCAUGUUGUAAGAAUUAAAAUGUAGUAACAAAAAUCAAAGGCUCCCAUAUUUUUCAACUGAAACUCAUAAUGGGGAUUGUGAUGCCCCACCACUGGCCAAGUAAUCAAGGAGCCUAAAUCCUCAGCACUGACACUGGUGGGGUAUGUACUUUAGGAGGAUGACAAGUUACACACACAGUAUUUCCAGUGCAGUUUC